CUGUAAGAAAAUUAUAAUUUUAGAUUGAAGAUGCGAAGAAUCUGGUCACACAGGAACCAGUUGGUGAUUUCUGUUUGGAACAGAAUAAGGCGAGCGUACCGGUCAGCUCGAGGACAUUGAGAAGUGCGAAAUCCAAAUCUGCUUCCGUAAGUUGAAAACCUAAAAUAAAAUAAUUAAUUGGAAUUAAUUUUUACUUUAACUAAGUGGUCGGACAUAAAAACUCGUCUAAAUUUAAAACCAAUUGACUAAUUGAAUUGUACAGAGGAUUUUUCAGCGCUAUUAAUUAAUUGCAUCUUGUAUUGGUUGAAUGCUCGACCAGUUAACUAACUUUAACUAACAUACAAUCACGACUUUGGCAACGGUAAGUUUUAUUAUGCAGGUGAUUGAUUAUUUCUUGCAUUACGUAAAUGUUCGACCAGUUAGGCAAACAAAAUAAUUUUAAUUAAUUAAUUAGAGUGAUUAGGCACCUUUGGACGGCCUAUGGGGCUUAGAUAAUUUUCAUUUUUGAAUUCUGUUUAGAUAGAAAAAUAAAAAAUAUCUGAGCCCUGUAGGCCGUCCAAAGAUGGCUAAUCACUCUAAUUAAUUAAUUAAAAUAUUCCUACUGUAAGAAAAUUAUAAUUUUAGAUUGAAGAUGCGAAGAAUCUGGUCACACAGGAACCAGUUGGUGAUUUCUGUUUGGAACAGAAUAAGGCGAGCGUACCGGUCAGCUCGAGGACAUUGAGAAGUGCGAAAUCCAAAUCUGCUUCCGUAAGUUGAAAACCUAAAAUAAAAUAAUUAAUUGGAAUUAAUUUUUACUUUAACUAAGUGGUCGGACAUAAAAACUCGUCUAAAUUUAAAACCAAUUGACUAAUUGAAUUGUACAGAGGAUUUUUCAGCGCUAUUAAUUAAUUGCAUCUUGUAUUGGUUGAAUGCUCGACCAGUUAACUAACUUUAACUAACAUACAAUCACGACUUUGGCAACGGUAAGUUUUAUUAUGCAGGUGAUUGAUUAUUUCUUGCAUUACGUAAAUGUUCGACCAGUUAGGCAAACAAAAUAAUUUUAAUUAAUUAAUUAGAGUGAUUAGGCACCUUUGGACGGCCUAUGGGGCUUAGAUAAUUUUCAUUUUUGAAUUCUGUUUAGAUAGAAAAAUAAAAAAUAUCUGAGCCCUGUAGGCCGUCCAAAGAUGGCUAAUCACUCUAAUUAAUUAAUUAAAAUAUUCCUACUGUAAGAAAAUUAUAAUUUUAGAUUGAAGAUCCGAAGAAUCUGGUCACACAGGAACCAGUUGGUGAUUUCUGUUCGGAACAGAAUAAGGCGAGCGUACCGGUCAGCUCGAGGACAUUGAGAAGUGCGAAAUCCAAAUCUGCUUCCAUUGAAGAUGCGAAGAAUCUCAACAAACAGGAAUCAGUUGGUGAUUUCUGCUCGGAACAGAAACUUCCUUCAGACUUGAAUCUUUGUUUAGAACAAAUGCUGAAUUCUGCUUCCGAUGAUGAGAAACUCGAGAUGGGAGAAUUCGAAAAAUUCUUGCACUCAAUAACGAAUGCGAAUACAACUGCUGCUUUCAUUCUUCGGAAAGAUGCGUCUUAUUGCUUUAUUAGGAGUAUCAAACUUUUUAGUGCGCAUUACCUUUCUAUUAUGAACUUCCACAACAGUCAUGUCGCGUUUGAAGUAUCUUUGGAAGAUUGUGGUCAUCAUAUUUUAAAUUUCAAUGCCUACCAAUUAGAGGUUUUGUCGAUGAUCCUGCACUUGUGUAGCAAUCACAAUGAAAAGAAGGUUCCUCGUGGGAGGCCCUCCGGAAAAAAUCUGCCUGUUCAAAAACCUUUUUACGGCAAUGUCAGAAAUUAUAAAUUCAAUUUUGAUGAAUCGAUAUGUAAUAUUUAUACAUAUAUGUGCCAGAUGUUUGAAGAAACAUUUCUUAAGUGUGAAAUUGUUUCAAUCGCAAAGAGUGUUCUUUGGUUCUUGAGUAAGGGUUCCAUGAACUCUGUGAUUAUUAUAUCUUACGCGAACAAAACAAUGAUUCAGCGCCUGCUCAAGAAACAUAAAAGGCGAAUUAUGAGUCUUUCAGCUUCUGACGCGACAGAAGAUUUCAACCAUGAAUCUCACAUCACAAAUUUGCUUAUUAAUUUUGACAACCUCAAGCAAAAUCCUACCUCUCUCAUUCCGUGGGAUGAUAUUUUUGUAUCAACAAAUUUCGUAGUGCAAACCAUUACGAAGGAGGACAAAAUUUGCCCAAUAGACACAACAGAAGAAAUCAUGGACAGAUAUUUCAAAAUUGAAAGUGACACAGUCAGUAAAGUAGUUUUCGCAGUUAUUAAAAAACUCCUUUGCAAACUUGCGGAGAUGUCUCAAAAAUUUUGUAUCUUGAGAAUAGUAUCCAAAGAGAAAUGUUUUCAAACAUUCUUCGAAACAGUUCAUAUUCUAUACGACCUCAUUGCACCAGAUAUCCUACCUCAUCUUAAAAAAAUACCAUUGUAUGAAUCGGCAGUCCAUACAAUCACGACUUUGGCAACGAUUGAAGAUCCGAAGAAUCUGGUCACACAGGAACCAGUUGGUGAUUUCUGUUCGGAACAGAAUAAGGCAAGUGCACUGGAGUCGAAUGAGCUGACAUCACUAAAAUCAAAGUGCCGAAAGGAAGAGGGCGGUAGCCCCUGGAAGGAAGUGCGGCUAAAAAGAGGAAUCUUUAAGAUUGAAGAUGCGAAGAAUCUGGUCACACAGGAACCAGUUGGUGAUUUCUGUUCGGAACAGAAUAAGGCAAGUGCACUGGAGUCGAAUGAGCUGACAUCACUAAAAUCAAAGUGCCGAAAGGAAGAGGGCGGUAGCCCCUGGAAGCAAGAGCGGCUAAAAAGAGGAAUCUUUAAGAUUGAAGAUGCGAAGAAUCUGGUCAAACAGGAACCAGUUGGUGAUUUCUGUUCGGAACAGAAUAAGGAGAGCACACCGGUAAGCUCGCGGACAUUAAAAGGUGCCAAAUCCAAAUCUGCUUCCGGAAGCCAGUUACGCACUAUCAGGCCGCAGCGGAAGACUGCUUCAAAUUUGAAAAGCGAUAGAGAAGCUUUAAUGAAAAUUAAAAUUUUAGAUAAUUGCCAAGAUGGGCUGACUAUUAAAGACUGCGGACAGAAAGGACGAGGAGUUUUUACAACAAAAUGUUUCGAGAAAGAUGAGUUUGUGGUUGAAUACGUUGGGCGCCUUUUGAGUGGGCAUGAAGGGACUCAGCUCGAACGUCUUCAAGGGGAUGGAGAAGGCACAAGAUUUUAUCUUUACUAUUUUUAUUUCAAAGAAAAAUGUUUUUGCAUUGACGCAACAGCUGAGUCAAAUUACUUGGGGCGUUUGAUUAAUCAUUCGCGAAAGAACCCCUUGCUUCUUUCCAAAGUUGUUGAAGUAGAGUCGUUGCCGAGACUGGUAUUUGUUGCGAAGAGUUUCAUUCCAGUAGGGGUUGAACUCACUUAUGAUUACGGGGAGACCAGGAAACAUAUCUUAGAUGUUAAUCCGUGGUUGAAAAACUGCUAAAAUGUAACACAGAUGGCAACAGAACUAAGCAGCGAUCAGCGAAUGAGUCGACCUUCUACGCCUUCUACACUGUGACAAAAUUGGACGAACAGUUGCGCUGCUAAAAC